AUGCUCCGCCGACCCGCGGCUCCUGGCCGGUGUGGCACGGGGGGGGGCUCGGGCCGGGCUCGGAGCUGUGUCACCGCUGUGCCGCCGCCGCUGCCCGGGCCUGUGCGGGACCGCGGCCGUCCCUGGCAGCGGGGGCUCCGGCGGGGCUCGGCCGGGCAGGUGUCGGCGCCGGGCGGCCCGGGCUGUGGUUCGGUUGUGUACCCGAAAGGAACAGGGAAGGGCAUGACGCAACCCACGUGUACAGGUGAGGAGGUUAAUAACCAGCGUAACAGCGAGGUGAUGGUGACAGAAAGGGAAAAGGGUUAUGCGCAGAAGUAUAUUGUGAAGAACUACUUCUACUACUACUUGUUCAAGUUUUCCGCUGCUUUGGGUGAAGAGAUUUUUUAUAUCACUUUCCUUCCAUUUAUCUACUGGAACAUAGACCACUCUGUGUCUAGGAGGAUGAUAAUUAUUUGGUCUAUAGUGAUGUACAUAGGCCAGGUCUCCAAGGACAUCCUGAAGUGGCCUCGGCCCCUCUCACCACCUGUCGUCAAGCUGGAGCUGAGGACGGACGCCGAGUAUGGGAUGCCUUCCACCCACGCCAUGGCAGCCACUGCCAUCUCCUUCUCCUUUCUCAUUGCAACCAUGAACCAGUACAAGUAUCCGUUCGAGCUAGGCCUGGCGGCAGCGUUUGUGUUUUCCAUGCUGGUGUGUCUCAGCAGGCUCUACACGGGGAUGCACACAGUCCUGGACGUGAUUGGUGGAGCGCUGAUUUCGGCUGUGCUGCUCGUGCUCUUGUACCCUGCGUGGGACACGAUAGAUCACUUGCUGUUAACCAGUCCCUUCUGCCCACUGCUUUCCAUAGUCGUGCCUCUUGUCUUAUGUUACAACUACCCCAAACUAGACUAUUACAGCCCCACCAGGGGAGACACUACCACUAUCUUAGGAGCAGGAGCUGGAGCAACUGUGGGAUUUUGGUUAAACAACCAGUAUGCCUCGCCAGCCUACACCGGCGAAAAUUUUCAGCUUGGAUUUCCUCCCGUCACCAGUAAAUUAGUGGUGGUCGUGCUAGCCAGGUUCUUGGUAGGGAUCUUUAUUGUUCUACUGACACGGCGGCUGAUGAAGAGCGUGGUCCUCAGCGUGCUGGGCUAUCGGUACCAGUUUCCCCUCGGAGACCUGGCAGCCCGGAGAAGGCUGGAAGUGGAAGUGCCCUAUAAGUUUGUAACGUACUCCUCGGUUGGCUUCUGUGCGACUGUGCUCGUGCCCCUGCUGCACGAGCUGUUAGGACUGAUGUGAGCGCAGCGCCUGCCUCGCAGCCUCACGUGUGGCACCACCAUUUCAGAGAUGCGAUGAGUCCAUCAAGGCUGGUAACUUGACCAAAAAAAAGCGUUUUGUGCCUUUCUGCACUGGCCCAGAGUACCCGAUACGGAAGAGUCACGGGAAUCGCUGUACAUGAAUAACUUUGGGUUAGAAAGUGCUGACCCUGCUUUUCCCCAUAAUUAGUCCCUGGCCCAGAGGACUAAAGAUGACAAGCCAAGAGUACAAAGCCAAAAUCCCUGCUGGAGCGGCAGCAGCGGCCGGUUUGCUGUGGAGUCGGGGGUGCCGGGAAGCGUGGCUGUGCCUGUGGGACACCAGCCCUGGGGCUUCCUGGGCUGCAAAACCACCUGCCUGGCCACCGGCUUGCUCCUGCUGAAGUAGGAGAGCAAGCCAAGGGCAGGCUCCUGUUUGGGGCACGGGGGACCAAGCAGCUGGUGGGGUUGGGGAGGAAACGACCAGCCAAGAGCAAAGUGCUGUCCUUGGGGCGUGCAGAGCUCUGCCUGCGUCCCGCUGUCCCCUGGGGACCAGGGGUGAAGGAAGAGGGGCUGAAGAUGGGAAGGUGAUGUGGAGGUUCUUCGAGCGCUGGCACCUUCCCACUGCUGGGCUUUGGUAGGGGUGUCCUGCUGGCCAAGGUCAGCAGGUUUCUUCAGCAACCAGCAUUGGCAGAGAUCAGACAGCCACAUUUGGGUAUGGCUCAGUGUUUCCCUAAAGAAAUCUGGUGAUUAUUGUACUUGUUGCUUGUCAUAGUGUCUUCUGAAGGCACUGCCAGUUCUGUGUAUAUGGUUUUACCCAUUGCAGUCCCUAAAAACACAAAAAACCAAAACCAAAACAAACAACCCAACAAUAAAAAAAAAACAAAGAAGUGUAACAGAAGAAAGAAAAAUCCAACAAAAACCGCUUUAAAUAUUUGUAACAAAUUUAUCUUGGGAAUUAAUAAGAAAGCCUCCACUAAAAGAUCCUUUACCUACAUAAAACUCAACAGAGCUGUUACCACAAAGUUGAGAUUUGUGUUCAAAGUGUUUAACUCUGAUUUAGCUUCCCUGUCUAGGGGAUGGGACAAAGUCCUGCCUGUCCUGCAGGGGUGAGUAGUAGUGUCCUUAAAUCGCGUUGUGGAAGGAGCUGAGUGGUGACUCUGGUGACUGCAGCGUGUGGCGUGAUAAGAUGCCAUCGUUUUGUGGUGCUGCACAGCACUGCGGUUGGUCUUCCAUGCAUCUUGCAAUACCAUGUAUACACUUGUAGAAUAGAAGUUGAGGAGUGUUCAUAGGAGGGUUGUUGCUAUAACUCAGGCUGCUUAUUUUAAAAAAUACAUGUCUCAGCUGUUGGACCAAUGAGCUGUUGAGAAAUACAGCAGUGACUGUGGUCUGCUUGGCUAGAAAAAUGUAACACACCAUGACCAUGGAGCUUCAAGCAUGGCCCCUGUGCCUUUCCCUGGCAGAAUGUACAGUCAAAGCCAGCUUUUUAACUGUGUACACUUGUCUGCUUGGCUGCAAGAAAAAAUAAGCUGAAGAAUGUAAAGGAGGUGCUUUGCCAUCAGUUGACCACUUGGAUAAAUAUAAUCAAGCUCCAAAAAUGUCUCUGGGAGUUUUGUCUGAGGAGGGGGAGGAAUGCACGUGAAAGAGCUGAGCCAUUUUAAAACCAGGUCGGUGGUCUCCAGAAGAAAUGCAAGCAGAGAUUUUCACCAUUUUGAGGUUUGCCCAGGCUGUGGAUAAACUGUUUUAACUUAGGCUGCGUGGACUUUACAUGUGCAUGCAAACAGCUUCAACCGCUCUUUCAGCACGUGCCACCAAAGCCAUGGGGGUCUGUCCUCCAUCCCCCUCCUUCCCACACGCCACAGAAGUGCUGCCAUCAGGCUUUAAAACACCUUUAAAAUACUUUCUGUUAAAGUGCUUUAUGAGGUACAGGGCAGAGCUGAAGCCCUGUGGAGGUGCCACAGGGAAAUUGGGAAAAUGGGACCAAAAUUGGGAAAAAAUUUGACAGCAAGCUGUGGGGUGGAACCAGUUAGUCCCAAGAAAGGCAUGGUGUGACGAGGACAUUCAUGCAGUUUCAUGUGUAAAAUUUCUGUUCUGAAUCACAGCUAUUUUACGCUUAUGAAGAUUUUAUAAAUUAUAUAUAAAUGCUUGGAUUUAUAAAGUACAUGCACAAAUAUUUUUACCUUUUAUAGUAUUCACCUGCAUGUGACUCAUGCAAUACAUGCAAACUGUACUUGGUUCAAAUU